AUGAAAGAUAUAGUUGAAACUCAAAUGAAACAGCAAAAUGAAAUAUUAAUUAGACAACAAAUGAAAGAAAACGAUGAGUCAUCUGUGAAACUGCCAAAGAUAGAUAUAAUUUCAUUUUAUGGUGACAAAAUUAAAUGGAUAGAAUUCUGGGAUUCUUUCGAAAGCACUAUACACAAGAACAAAAAACUUUCGAAGGUUGAGAAAUUCAAUUAUUUGAAAAGUAAACUUGGUGGUGAAGCAAAACAAGCAAUAUCAGGUUUAAACUUGUCAAAUGAUAAUUACGAAGUUGUAGUUUCAAUUUUGCAAGAAAGAUUCGGAAACAUUCAGGUUGUUAUUGAUUUACAUUAUAAUGAGAUGAUUAAUUUAGAAUCGGCGUCAAACAAAACUUCUUCUCUGAGAAAGUUCAUGGAUACAUUAAAUCGUCAUCUACGUAGUUUAGAGGUGUUAAAGCAAAAUGUGAGCCAAGACAUAUUCGUAUCUAUGGUUAAAAGCAAGUUACCAGAGGAAGUUCUUCUUCAGUUAGAAAUUCAAAAGGAAUCACAAGAAAAAUGGACAGUUAUGAGUUUAUGUGACAAAUUACGUGAUUAUGUGGUUGCGAGAGAAAAGUCUGACAAAAAGGAGACACCCAAAGAACGAUCCAACGGAGCGUCAAACGGAUCGUCCAACAGAGCGUUCAACGGAGGACAGACAUUCCGUCCUAAGAAUAAACCUUGGCAGACAAAAAAUUCCAGAUAUCAGAAUGGUAAUCGAAAUGGUCAAUUAGUGAAUUCAGCUGACGCUUUAGUGGCAACUACAGAUAGUAAACCAAGUAACAUAUCUUAUUUUGACAAAUGUAGAUAUUGUUAUCAACAACAUUGGAGUGAUGAAUGCCCAAAGUAUCAAAGUAUUGAAGAACGCAAACGACAAUUAAAAGGAAGUUGUUAUAAAUGUCUAAAAUAUGGACACCAAUCAACUGAUUGCAAAAGAAACAAAAUAUGCAUCCAUUGUAAUGAAAAAGAUUCUCACCAUAGAAGUUUAUGUCCUAAGAAAUUCAAGUUAAAAUUAACCAGUGUUCAUUUGUCAGAAGAAUACAAUGGUAAUGUCAACGAAGAAUGUGUCAAUGGUAUAAAUUUGGACUCUUAUUCUGAUGAAGGAUGUGAAGUUGUUCAUGAAAAUGUGUUUAUUUCAUCUAGUGAAAUGGUUUUGAUGCAAACAGCUAAAACUAAAAUUGGGAAUCCUACUAAUUCUAUGCAACAGGAGACAAGAAUUGUAUUUGAUUCUGGAUCCCAGAGGACAUAUAUUUCCCAGAAACUGGCCAACAAAAUCAAACUGAAAGGUGAAAAAGAAGAGGAAAUAAAACUUAUAACAUUCGGCAGUGAUAAACCGAAAAUUGUGAAGACAUCUUCAACAAAAUUGAACAUCAAACUUAACAACGGGAAAACAGAAGAUGGAUGUUUUUCUAAAUUCAUUCGUAAGGAAUACCUUUUUAGACAUUUAAGUUCUAUUCAUCAACUUUCAAAAAUGGAUGCUAGACGUAAAGCUAUAGAGGCUAAAAGAGGAGAUAUUAAAACUCCGGAAAACCAAUACUACGAAGACGUAAGUGAUGAUGAUACAAUUCUAGAUUUGUUACAAGACCUGAGUGACGUUCAAGAUAUUGGGGGAGAUUUUAAUAUUGAUGAAUUCUUAUCAAUUGAUGAAGGUGAAAAUUUAAUUCAUGAUGAAAAUUUGAAUGAUUGUCUUUCAAGUACUGAAAGUGUAGGCUUAAUGGAAACGAAGAUGUUUUACGAAGACAUUUCAUCUCCUGAUUCUUUUGAGCACAGUGUCGAAAAUAAUAAUACAUAUAAUGAAGUAAUUGUGAUAAGUGAUGAAGAAUACCGUAACAAUUCUGAAACUGCUGUAGAUAUUUCCCAUGUGACAACAAAAACACAAACAAUCGUACUGACAUUUACCAGGACUGUUUCAUAUAUCAAUGGAGAUGAAGUUUUUUCUGAAGUCGAAACAGAACAACAAUACUCUGAACAUUAUAAUUAA